AAUGUUAUGCUUUUUGAGACAAGCUCUCUGUAGCUCAGGAUAACUCAAUAGGUAUCCCAGGCUGGUCUGGAAUUCACUAGGUAGCAGAGGUCGGCCUAGAACUCUUCAUGAUCCUUCAGCUUCAGUCUUCUGAGACUGGCAUGUACCAGCAAAACACCAUAUUUGAAAUGAUAUAUUUUCCCCAGUUGAUUGUAUGUUCCACAAGUAUAUUAUCUUUUACUCACCAGUAAGAGCUCAUGCCUAUUAUAGUACAUUUCACCUUGUAGACACCUUGUAAAUAAUGGAUGAAUGAAUAUCAUUGUCUCUCUUUGGGAAAUGUUGGCCCAACUUCUGAAGCAGCAUCAAUCAGUGUAUGAGUAUGAAUUGUUAAUAUGCCAAAGAGUUGACUCAUUAUUUUUGGAGAUUGUCUUCUACUUAAAUGAAGAAGACCUUUAAAUUUAUCUGUUUUCCCAUUUAUGUAACUUGUUCCAUUCUAGAUACACAUAUGUUCUGGUGUAGGAACACUUACCAUUUAUAAAAAAAUGAAUUCACAUAAGCUAGCUUUUACCUGGUGUCAGCAAUAGUCUUUUAUUAGGAGAAGGCACGAGGAAGGUACCAAACAGCAGCAGGCUUUUAACCUUCAGGCAGGUGUGACUCUUGAACUUACUUUUUCAUUUACUUCAUCCUCCAAGGCGUGCAAUCACUUGGUGUGCCCACUUCCCUUUAAAGUGCAAGAACAACAAAAGGGCAGCAUGAGUAAGUGGAGUGCCUUAGACCAGCUCCUAGAAAAGUCUCAACCCUACUCCAGAGCUGGAGGAAAGAUAUGGCUGCAGAUCCUUUUCGUUUUCCGGAUUCUGCUCCUGGAGACUGCCAUCGAGUCAGCCUGGAGUGACGACCAGCUCAAUUUCCAUUGCAACACUCAGCAGCCUGGUUGUGAAAAUGUCUGCUAUGACCAAGCUUUCCCAAUCUCUCACGUGCGCCUCUGGGUCCUACAGAUCAUAUUUGUGUCUGUGCCUACACUCUUAUACCUGGCACAUGUGUUCUAUACCAUUCAGCAGAAAAAGAAGUCGAAGAAGCAAGAGAAGGAAGUUGGAGUUGCUCGAUUUGAUGGUGCCAGUGUGGAAAUGCACUGGCAGAAAAUUGAAGUAAAGAAGUCCAAGUGUGGCAGUGAAGCCCAUAGGAAGGUGAAAAUUAGAGGCAGGUUGCUGCUGACCUACAUACUCAGUAUCUUCUUCAAGUCUGUCUUUGAGGUGGCCUUUGUGCUGAUCCAGUGGUACAUUUAUGGAUUUACCCUGAAGGCCGUUUACAUUUGUGAACACUCUCCUUGCCUGCAUCAGGUGGACUGCUUCCCCUCUCGCCCCACAGAAAAAAGCAUCUUCAUCCUCUUCAUGCUGGUGGUGUCCCUGGUAUCUUUAGUCUUGAAUAUAAUUGAGCUGGUCCAAGUCUUAUUUAACACCAUUAAGAAUUGUGUGAGAGAUGAGGAUGAGUUUUACUAUGGUACAGCUGAUCUACAGAGCCUUUCCCAGGAGUCCUCACCAAGUGUUCUCACUACCAUGAUUCCUAAGGAUCAGGUGGUUCCUGUGAAACAAUCUUCAGUCUAUGUUUAAAGUGAGCAAAACUAUGUCAGUUACAGUAUGUAACAGAGUCAAAGCGGGGAAGGGCAGGCAGGAAGUAUCCUUUCUGCCUUGCACUCAGCCUUGUCUUCACUCUGAUGAUAAGCAGAAUUUUCAGAGGGUUUGGAUGGAGAGAAAAGCAAAACAAAGAUACUGAACACUAGUGUUGUAGAGUAGCAGAUAUCCAGCAGUAGCAGUGGUCAUGACAAUAGCAGCCUGCUAUCCUAGAUAUUGCAAUUUGGGCUUGAAAACAUUGUGAUUUUGCUUGGUUGCUAAAGGGAAUCAAAGUGUAGUAGAAAGUGUACCCAUGCUUCAGUACAGAUGGUGUUCAAUGGCCUCAAUUGUAAAAACUAGCAAAUACAAAGACAUUAGACCACAGGGUCUGGGAUAGGAAGGGGAAGAGACUUGUAACCAAGGCAUGUGUUACUAUUUAAAGUGCUUGACUCUGGAGGGUUAGGCAUCUAGCUCACCGGUAGAUGAUUUGCCUAGCAUGUGUAAGACCUCAAGUAGCACAAGAAUAAAACAAUAGUAACUUUAACAAAUGAACUAAAUAAAUAAAAUGACUGACUCAAAGAACUUCUAGUCCAAAUAUAACUUGUAUUAGGCAGUGCAUAAGGGCCAUUCCUCUCCCAUAUUACCUUAGAAUGGUUCUGUGUAUGGGGAAGAGUGAUUUAUUAUUUAUCCAUAGAAGCAGAUACGGUGUAAAUUCACAAACCUACGUUUUAAAAUAAUACAAACAUACCAUUGAAAGUUGAGCCUUUCUCUUGGAUUUUAGUGUUUGAGUCCAUUCUGUGUUUAUACUGUUUAAUUCCUGAUGUAAAAGUAAAUUAUCUUUUCCCUUAAAAUGCAUCCCCCAAUUUAUUGAAUGAUGUGUAAUAGUUCAGUUAAUUGUGAUGAGUUGUCUUUUUCUCUUGUAUAUUAUAGCAGCAAUCCUGUUGCUGACAGAAACAAUUUAUUUUUCUUUUCCAAGAUAGAGUCAGAGCCCCAAAUGAAGCAAUUGUACUGAAACAGCACUUAUGAACACUACAAACUUAAAGAAAUGCUUAGAGGUGAACUAUGAAAUGUGCCUACAUGAAUUUGGCAAUAGUGGACAUUCUUGACUUUCUUCUACAUAAUGCAUAUUAAUUCAGAUGUUGCCUUCUGCUGUGAGUUUGGCAGUCUCUUGGGAUAACUGGCAUUUUUCAUGUUCAUAUUAAGAUUUUAUUUGGAAAGUAGGAGAGGGUGAGGAAGAUUUGUGAAAUAUCUGUGUAACUGAUUUGAAACAAAUAAAAGAAAUAAUACCCAUUUCUUCUCAUGCCUUUUGAAACAUUCCACAGAUGAUUGAAAAAUGUUGGGCUGCAGACUUUUGUUCUUGCAUGUCAGCUCCACACACAAUUUUAUUCAAGAAAUAAUAAUUUGGUUACCAUUUGAUGUUAAUCUACUAUCAUGUUCAGCUUUGUUUCAUGCAAUGCAGGCCUAUCUUAUCUUAUUCUAGAGAAUUCUUUAUUCAAUAAAGUUGUGAGAGUGUGGUCCAUGUGUAUGCCUCCUCUGAUAGCUUCUUACUGGUCUU